CGACACGCACCCACGGGCUCGACAUAGGCAACCUUCCCACCAACGAGGCUGACUUGACCCUUGGGCGGGCCUUUGCUGGACAAACCCGGACCUUUCCUGACAUCCAUCUCCUACGGUCUGCUCAUUCCGCAUCGAACGGCUGCAUUCUACAGAAGCCAUACGGAGCACUGGCUGAUGUUUGAGAGUGCAGCAUCUACGCCCUCUUCACCAUUAUCUAAGAAUUUCCCCUUCAGCUUACCUGGAUAAGUACUUUAUCGACAGCGGUACAGACCAGGUGACCCGUCACCCGAGCACGCGAUCUUUCCACCAUGGCACCCAAAGCAAUCAUCCCGUUCCUGAUAGGGAUGAUGCUGUUGACCGGAUGCGCCAAUACAAUUCUCACAAAAUACCAGGAUCAACAAUGUAUACGGAAUUGUGGCGACAAAAAUAGCCGGCAUCGCAAGAACUUCGAGCAGCCGGUCAUUCAGACGGUGCAAAUGUUCAUCGGCGAGAUGGGCAGCUGGCUCGUCAUCGCCGGGUUCUGGCUUUACCGCUACUUGAUCCUCUCCCGCGAAACGCCGCUGCUCUACCGACCCGUGAACACCGAAGAGACUGAAGAAAACGAUGACGACGACGAUACUGUCCGUCCAACCUCCAGAAGUGCUUCAAGCCCUGCCCUCAAACCUCUCCUGCCCAACGCAGACGAUCGGAGCCCACUUACAGGCUGGAAAGUUGUGCUGCUAGGCCUGCCGGCGUGCUGCGACAUUGCCGGAACAACACUCAUGAAUGUUGGCCUGUUGUUCGUGGCGGCCUCAAUAUAUCAAAUGACAAGAGGCGCAUUGGUAUUGUUCGUUGGUCUUUUCAGCGUCUUGUUUCUCAAGAGAAAGUUGUAUCUAUAUCACUGGCUGUCUCUGGUCAUUGUGGUCUUGGGUGUUGCCAUGGUCGGCCUUGCGGGAAUACUUCAUUCGAGUGAGAAGAACUCGCCCACCUCGAAUGAUGUUGCUCAGGACUUGCACGACGUAUUGCUUGCAGCCCGAGACUUGGUCGCUCAAGCUGCUGACGCAGAAGUGCUCCGGGCCAUCCUUGGUAUCUUUCUCAUUGCCUUUGCGCAGGUCUUUACAGCAACGCAAUUCUGCUUGGAAGAGUGGAUUCUGGAGAAUUACGCACUCGAACCGCUAAAAGUCGUGGCAUGGGAAGGGCUGUUCGGCUUCAUCGUCACGGUCGUUUUGCAAAUCAUCCUGCACUUCACAGUCGGGGUCACAAAAAGUGGACGAUAUGGCUACUUCGACGCUGCGGAGGGAUAUCGUCAAAUCAUCACAAACAGGGCGAUUGGUAUCUCAAGCCUUGCUAUCAUGGUUUCAAUCGGUGGCUUCAAUUUUUUUGGUCUAUCUGUGACAAGAAGCAUCUCUGCGACAUCCCGCUCGAUCAUCGAUACCUGUCGGACAUUGUUUAUCUGGAUUGUCUCUCUUGGGCUGGGCUGGGAGACAUUCAAAUGGCUUCAAGUCGUCGGCUUUGCUCUGCUUGUCUACGGCACAUUCAUGUUCAAUGAUCUUGUGAGACCACCAAUCAAAGCUCUGCUGCCACGAAGGGAGCACGAGGCAGAAGAGCAUGGUGGGCUUCUCCCUGAGGAGCCGAUUGAACACAUGUAGAUGAUAUCUCAUUUUCUUGCCGAGAUCCCAGGAGACGGAACUUGUUUUCUCCCAUUCCCUCCUGAAUGCGUGGCAUCGCCGUUUCGGCUGCUCGUGACCGACCGCAGUCCACUCUCGAAACCAAACGCCGUGUCCCUUUGAGCCGAGCGCCUUCCUGGCUAACUACUCAGUCGGCCAAAUCUGUGAACCCCUGGGCCUAGAUAAUUAUUCCCGAGAACCAAAGAUCAAUACCAGUAAUCCUGAAGCAAAGUCUGGCGGACACAUGAUCUACGAUACGGUUACCCCUUUCCAGAGGUUAAUUUGAUGUCGGCAGUACUCAGCCAGGAUGUUCCGCAACACAAGAUCAGUUCUGUGCUUCCGUCAUGUAAGGCAUGACAAUUAAAGUCUGCACUUCUCCUUUCAAUCUCGGCGAGCCAACCUGCAGUGCUACAGUCUUGACCCUUUCUUGCUGUGGGAAAGUGCCAAGGCAAGUGCCAAUAUGAUCUCGAAGCAAGGGGGUGAAUUUCCCACAGUUUGCACGCCUCGAGAUGGCUGGCUAUGCCUUCCACACAGUGGGGGGACGUUCCCGUGCUACACAUGUGUCUGAUCCUCAACCGGACAUGCAAGGGCAAAGAUGCGUCUGGUCUCAGACAAGCGGCCGGUCGCACGAGUCCGCUGCACAAACGCCACGACAGUUGGAUCUGCAACACGCGCUCCAUGCUCUUUAUUGAGUCAGUUCUCCUGAUUGUGUCUCAGUCGCCCUCUGUCGAUAAUUCAUCGCUCUGUACUUACUUGACUAAUGCCACACGAGGACAAUGGAACAAUUUGGCGCUUUAGGAGAGAUGGCAUCUCACCAAGGUUGGCCACCAUUCCGCCUCACUCAUUGUAUGACCGAAGGACAAAUUACACCUCCAUCCUCGCCUCCUCUCCUGCCUGCGCGAAAUCGUGUUCGCCUGCAAUUGUCUAAGCUCCUCCAGCAAUCACGCUCGGUGCAAUUGAAGAACGGGGGUGUUCCGGACAGGUACCGCAGCAUGUCAACCAGACCCUCUGUUGUUGAGAUGAAGGCUCCAUUCCCAUUGCUACUUCCUCAUUCUCCCUCUGUGAGCGAAGAGGACUCGCCUGCCCCGGGGUGCUU